CGGUGAAGGGUGGAAGGUCGGGGAGCAGCUGGGUGGGUGUUGGCUGCCGCUGGCGGAGGAGCUGCGGCUGUGGUGCCCGCGGCUCGGGAGCGCCCCGCAGGCAUGGAGUUGGAGACGGCGCUGGAGGCCGUGAGGGGGCGCGGCGGGGCCGAGGGCCUCGAGCGGGUCCUGGGCCGGUACAACGAGAAGAAUAGGGCCACUUUCAAAUUUGAUCCUGCAGAUGAGGAGAAAAGAAAGAAACUGUGUGAAGGAAUCUUAAACAUCCUUGAAAAAGACAUAAAAACAUCAUAUCAAGUUGCCUGUCUCGAAGCCCUUCGGAUUCUCUCCAGAGAUAAGAAGGUUUUAGUGCCUGUGACAACAAAGGAAAACAUGCAGAUCCUGAUGAGGCUGGCAAAGCUAGACAUGACAGAAGAUUCUUUGGAGGAUGUGUCCAAUUUCCCUGUUAUAGUGGAAGCUUUAAAAUGCCUCUGUAACAUAGUUUUUAAUAGUGCCAUUGCACAAAAACUCAGUUUGGAACUGAACCUUGCAGCUAUGCUUUGCAAUCUACUGAAAAAAUGCAAGGACCAACAGUUUGUUGAUGACAUUAAAUGUUUUGAUUUGCGCCUUCUCUUCCUCCUGUCACUUCUGCACACAGAUAUUAGGUCACAGUUGCAUCAUGAGCUACAAGGGUUGCAGGUUUUGACUCAAGCCUUGGAAAGUUCAUUUAGCAUAAGAUGGACAGACAAGUACAAAGCUGCUGAAGAGCAUGAUGGAUCUCCUUUAUCGCUGCAAGAAACGGAUUGUGCCAUUGAGGCACUCAAAGCUCUCUUUAAUGUGACACUCGACAGUUGGAAUGUCCACAGUGAGAAUGAAUCUCAUCAAUUUCGUUAUAUGGCUGCCAUCCUUCGCCACUGCUUAUUAACCGUGGGCCCUACUGAAGACAAAACUGAAGAAUUGCACAGUAAUGCAAUCAACCUUUUAAGCAAUAUUCCAGUUUCUUGUUUGGAUGUUCUCAUUAGUCCAUCAACCCAAGAAGAAACAGUUUUGAAAUAUAAUGGUAUGAAUAUGGAUGCCAUUCAAGUGUUGCUGGAUUUCAUGGAGAAAAGAAUAGACAAGGGAAGCAGCUACAGAGAGGGUCUGACUCCAGUUCUCAGUUUACUAACAGAAUGUUGCCGAGCUCAUCGGAACAUCAGGAAGUUUAUCAAAGCUCAGGUAUUGCCCCCAUUAAGAGAUGUAUCAAAUCGUCCUGAAGUUGGCACAACAGUGAGAAACAAACUUGUGCGCCUUAUGACACAUGUCGACCUUGGAGUAAAGCAAAUUGCAGCAGAAUUCCUUUUUGUCCUUUGUAAGGAGAGAGUUGACAACUUGUUGAAGUAUACAGGCUAUGGUAAUGCAGCAGGACUGCUGGCAGCAAGGGGCCUGUUAGCAGGAGGAAGGGGAGAUCAUUGGUACUCCGAUGAUGAAGAUACAGACACUGAAGAAUAUAAAUCGGCAAAGCCAAACAUUAAUCUUAUCACUGGUCAUGUAGAGGAGCCAAUGCCCAACCCUAUGGAUGAAAUGACAGAAGAACAAAAAGAAUAUGAAGCCAUGAAACUUGUCAACAUGUUUGAUAAACUUUCCAGGGAUGAGGUUAUAAAACCAAUGGGAGUUCGACCGGAUGGCACGAUGACUCCUUUGGAAGAGACAAUCUGCCAGUACCAAACCAAUGAGCAAGACAGUUCAGAUUCAGAUUAAAGCAUCACCUGCUUCACUGUCAAUAUCUCCUUUAAUCAGCAUCUUCCUUCAGAGCCGCGACAUCUUUUAUCUACACAUUCUACCCCCUCAUUAGCCAGCAUCACUUUAAGUCUUAUUAUUGGGAUAUUUGAAUGAUGGAUCUUGUGGUGUAAUCUCUGCAUUUUUAUUAAUCCAUUUAUAUAGGAACAAAUGAUCAGUUUAUUAAUUGUAAAGCAAAUUGUAUUUCAGUGAGAUGAAAAUAAAAGAUUGCAAUGCAAAAAAAGUAAAUAUUUAUUAAAACUUGCUAGAUUCUU